AUGGCUUGGCAUUACAACUUUUCCUCCAUCUUAUUGUUUGCUUUUAUCUACUUUAUGUAUGACGACAUGAUAACUACUAUAACGGCACGUCGCCUUCUUCAGACCCCUAGUUUUUCAGCACCCGCUACUCCUAGUUUUUCAACAUCCGCUGUCCCAAGUUUCUCGACGCCCACUACCCCUAGUUUCUCAAUGCCUGCUACCCCAAGUUUCUCCAAUUCCCCCGGUAUUUCAAAGCCUGAGAACCCUAGUUUUUCUAAACCUGAAACACCUAGUUUCUCAAAGCCCCAGACUCUUAGUUUCUCAAAGCCUGAGAAUCCUAGUUUCUCUAAACCUGAAACACCUAGUUUCUCAAAGCCCGAGACUCCUAGUUUCUCUAAGCCCAAAAUUUCUAGUUUUACAAAACCCGAGACCCCUAGUUUCUCAAUGCCAAAUAUCCUAAGUUUCUCCAAUUCACAUAGUCUUUCAAAGCCUGAGGCCCCUAGUCUUUCAAAGCCUGGGGUCCCUAGUCUUGCAAAUCCUGACAUCCCUAGUUUUUCAAAACCUGAAACACCUAGUUUCUCAAAGCCUGAAACUCCUAGUUUUUCAAAACCUGAAACCCCUACUUUCUCAAAACCAGAGAACCCUACUUUUUUGAAGCCCGAGAUUCCUAGUUUGUCAAAGCCAGAAACUCCUAGUUUCUCAAAGCCUGAGACACCUAGUUUUUUAAAGCCUGAGACACCUAGUUUAUCAAAACCUGAAACUCUUAGUUUCUCAGAACCUGAGGCUCCUAGUUACUCAAAGCCAGAAACUCCUAGUUUCUCAAAGCCUAAGACAUCUGUCUCAAAGCUUGAAACACCUAGUUUUUCAAAACCUGAAACCCCCGAUUUCUCAAAACCUGAGACCCCUACUUUUUCAAAGCCCGAGACCCCUAGUUUUUCAAAACCUGAGACUCCUAGUUUCUCAAAGCCUGAGUCUCCUAGUUUUUCGAAACCUGAUACCCCUAGUUCUCCAAAGCCUGAGACUUCUACUUUUUCCAAGCCUGAAACUCUUAUUUUCUCAAAGCCCAAGACUCCAAGUUUCUCCGAGCCCAAGACCCCUGGUUCACCAAAGUCUGAGAAUCCUACCUUCUCAAAACUUGAGAACCCUAGUUUUUCAAUGACCAAGACUCCUACUUCUCCAAAGCCCGAGACCCCUACUUUCAUUAAGCCUAAGACUCCUACUUUCUCAAAACCUGAGAUCCCAAGUUUUUCAAAACCCGAAACCCCUAGUUCUACAAAACCCAAGAUUCCUAGUUUUUCAAAGCCUGAGAAACCUAAUUCCCUAAAGCCAGAGACCUCUGAUUCUCAAAAGCUCGAGACCCCUAGUUUUUCAAAGCCUAAUGCCCCUAGUUUCUCAAAACCUGAGACUCCUACUUUCUCAAAGCCUGAGACUCCGAGUUACCCAAAGUUAGAUACUCCUACUUUUUCAAAGCCUGAAAUUCCAAGUUCUCCGAAGCCUGAGACCCCUAGUUUCUCAAAGCCCGAAACCCCUAGUUUCCCAAAGCUCGAGACUCCUAGUUUCUCAAAGCCUGAGACAUCAAGUUCCUCAAAAUCUGAGACUCCCAUUUUUUCAAAACCCGAGACUCCGAGUUCCCCAAAGUCUGAGAUCCCUACUUUCACAAAGCUUGAAACGCCAAGUUCUCCAAGCCCCAAAACACAAAAUUCUCCAAAGCCUGAGACCCCUAGUUUCUCAAAGCUUAAGACACCUAGCUUUUCAAAGCCUGAGACUCCUAGUUUCUCAAAGCCUAAUACUCCAAGUUCCUCGAAGCCUAAGGCACCAAGUUCCCCAACACCCGAGAUGUCAAGUUUCUCAAAGCCCAAGGCUCCUAGUUUCUUAAAAUCUGAGACUCCAAGUUCUCCAAGUCCCUCAAGUUCCCUAAAACCUGAAACUCCUAGUUUUUCGAAGCCCGAGACUCCAAGUUCCCGGAAGCCCGAGACCCCUAGUUUCUCAAAGACCGAUAAUCCUAGUUUUUCAAAACCCGAGAUUCCUAGUUUCUCAAAACCCGAGACUCCAAGUUCCCAGAAUCCCAAGAAUCCUAUUUUUUCAAAACCUGAGACACCAAGCUCCUCAAAUCUCGAGACACCAAGUUCUACAGCCGAUACUCCAAGUUCCCCAAAGCCCGAGACCCCAAGCUCCCCAAAGCCCGAUACUCCAAGUUCCCCAAAGCCCGAGACACCAAUCUCUCCUAAGCCCGAGAAGCCAAAUUCCGCAAUGCCCGAGAUGCCAAGCUCCCCAAAGCCCGAGACUCUAAGUUCCCCAAAGAUCGAGAUCCCAAGUUCCCCAAAGCCUGAGACGCCAAACUUUCCAAAGCCCGAGACACCAAGCUCCUCAAAGCCCGAGACGCCAAGCUCCCAAAAGCCUGACACCUCAAGUUUUGAGACUCCAAGUUUUCCAAAACCCGAAACUCCUAGUUCCCAAAAGCUCGACACACCAAGUUCCCCAAAUUCCAAGACGCCAAGUUCGCCGAAGCAUGAGACCCCAAGUUCUCCAAAUUUUAAGACUCCUAGUUUCUUAGAACCAGAUAUACCUGGUUUCUUAAAACCCAAAACCUCUAAUUCUUCAAAGCUUGAUAUUCCAGUAGCCCCAGCAGCAGCCCCAAAACCUGAGACGCCAAGCUCCCUAAAUCUCGAGACACCAAGUUCUACAAAGUCCGAUACUCCAAGUUCCCCAAAGCCCACGACCCCAAGCUCCCAAAAGCCCGAGACGCCAAGUUCCCCAAAGCCCGAGACACCAAGAUCUCAAGUUGAUUAA